CUCAAACAAGGACAUGCACAUGCAGCACAUGGUGACUGACUAUCUCGAAACACGGACUGCCGUGGCGAUCACUCGAACCGUACCAAACAUGAGGAACAGGGUUAACUAGCUGUGAUAGUUAUGGAUCCUCUGUUCAGUGAAGCGUACCAGACGUUGAUCAUUGAACCGUUCUAUGGUGGGUCACAUCAGCAGCUGGUCGACCUGCUCAUGGCCAACUUGCCUUACUCAGUCAAGCACACGCUGCCGGCCACUAAAUGGCAUUGGAAGGCCAGGACGUCCGCCCUGCACUUUGCCCAGGUCAUUCCCAGGAGCGAACACUAUAGGGUCCUGUUUUCCAGCAGUGUCUUGAAUCUGGCCGAGUUGGUAGCCAUGAGAACAGACCUGGCCGGCCUACACAAAGUCUUGUACUUCCAUGAGAACCAGCUUGUCUAUCCGGUCCGGAAGCAGCAGGAUCGAGACUUUCAGUAUGGCUACAACCAGAUCAUCUCUUGCCUCAUUGCAGACACCAUCCUCUUCAACUCUGCCUACAACAUGGAGUCCUUCCUGACUAGCAUCGACUCCUUCCUGAGCCUGAUUCCGGUGUCGGGCUACAAGUCCAAGGGCAUGCACAAGCCCAUCCGGCCCAAGUGCAGGGUAUUGUACUUCCCCUUGCAGCUGCCCGAGCUGGACACUGUAUCCCCGGGGGAGCCCAGCGGAUGCCAGCCGUUCCUGCCGGGCCAGAACAUCAGACGCGUGCAAAGCGAAGAUCCGGCUGAGGGAACCACAGGGAGCCUUCGAGAUUCGGACCCCAGGUGCGCGCUGGCAGAGGACACUGAUGGACACGAAGAAGAUUGGUUGGACACUGCUGCACGACCGAAAUUUGGGAACUUCCGCUACGCCAGACGAGUCUCGAGGGAGAACUUGGAGAAUGACAAAAAGGGCAACUGCGUAGCGGAUGCAGCCACGAGGAGAAAGCAAAAAUCUUCAGCGAGUAGGAGCAGGGAGAAGGAGGAUACCAUGGCCCAGUCUCAUGACCAGGCCCAGUCACAUGAUAAGGCCCCGUCACAUGACAAGACCCAGUCACAUGACACCAGUCACUUGGCAGCUGGGGAAAGGAGAGCCAUGUGGCGAUCAGGUUCCCAGAAACCACUCCAUAUACUCUGGGCUCAUAGAUGGGAGCAUGACAAGAACCCAGAUCUGUUCCUCCACACCUUGAUGAAGUUACACGACGCAGGCCUGGAGUUCCGAGUCUCAGUAUUAGGGGAGCACUUCAACGAAGUACCAGAAAUUUUUGCUGAAGCCAAAGCCAAGUUGCAGGACCGGAUUGUCGAUUGGGGUUACCAGUCCAGCAAGGAGGACUACUACCGUGUGCUAUUUGCUGCUGAUGUGGCUGUGUCUACGGCUGAUCAUGAGUUCUUUGGAGUUGCAAUGUUAGAAGCAGUGCAUUUGAGGUGCUAUCCGCUCUGCCCUAAUUGCCUGGUAUACCCUGAAAUAUUCCCCAAGCAGUACUUGUACAACACUUCCCAGCAGCUGUUUAAGAGAUUGCGAGAGUUUUGUAGGCACCCACAGCUUGUCCGAAAACACGAUCUCCAGGUUGACGUCAGACAGUAUUCCUGGGAGGUCUUGAAACACGACUACCUAGAGAUCUUGUCCUCUUCCUCUGCCACCGUUACUAUGAAGACAUUUCCUCGCUCAUCAUUUGAAUAUGAAAAGGAAAGCAACCAGUCAGUUACCCAGCAGAAUAAAAUGAUCUUCCAGGCUGCCGGCCGAAGGGAAAUUGCACAGCCAUCAGCCACUCGCGAUAGCAAGGCACUCACCCGGUCAGCCAGCCAAGAAGACAGAGCAGUCCCCCAGUCUACAAUUCAAAGGAGCAAGGCACUUGCCCAGUUAGCUGCUCAUCAGAACAAGACACCAGCCAUUGAACAGCCAAAGCCAGUGUCCCUGUCGACUACUCAACAAGCAAAAGCUAUAGCCUUGUCAGCCACCGAAAAGUACAAACAAUUACAUAAUCACCCACCCAGUAAUACCAAGCACUAACGUAGCCAAUCAACCAACUGUCAAAGUGUCAAAAGUCACAUUCAAGUUCAACAAUGGUCAUAUCCCAGUCAACCCUCCCACAAAGGCCAUGUAUUCCAGUCAACUUACAGUUAAAGGCUGUUAAAUUAACACUUAAACUAUAUUUGUUUGUGUCAGCCACUCAACACUUGAAAGCCAUGUCCUUGUCAAACACCCAACGGUUAAAGGCCAUAUCAUUGUCAACCAAAUCCUAAAGGCCAUACCCUUGUCAAACACCCAACAGUUAAGGCCAUAUCCUUGCAAACACCCAACAGUGAAAGGCCAUAUCCUUUUCAAAAACCUUACAGUCUAAGGUCAUAACCUAGUCACCUGCCCAGCUGUCAAAAGUUGAGUCAGCCAACAAAAAUCGAAGGCCAUAUCCCAGUCAUCAACCAAGAGCAGUCAUUUCUCAGUCAACCAUCAACAGUCAAAGGCCAUAUACUAGUUGAGUAGACAAAAAUUAGAGCCCAGUUGACUACCUGUCAAAGGCCAGUUUAAUCCCAGACAACCACUUACUAGUCUGAGGCCAUAUCCCAGUAAUUCGCAGUUCACCUAAUUAUUAAAUGUAUUAUCCCAGUAAUUUACUGUUAUCCAACCACCAAAGACCAUGUCCCAGUUAACUACCUCGUAGACCAUGUAAACCACUAAACCGUCAAACAAGACAAAUAUCUCAGCUAACCACCCACUGAUGUCAAAGGCCAAAUCCCAGUCUAGGAUCAAAUUUGUAAGGGUCAAUACCCCUUUUUGAGCACCCAAUUUCAGUCAACCUAAAGCGCAAGAAUUUCCCCAACCAUGCAUCCAGUGAUGCCAAGCACUCAUCUCUAUGGGCAACCUACAUUGAAGGCCAUUUUCCGCCCAGCCAUCCAACUGGAUGAUGGCCAGAACUAGGAGGGGUAACAUUAGCGGACGUAUUUGUUAACAGAACAGCUUCUCCCGUGCCUGUGACUAUUUUUUUAAUGCAGUAAACAAGCAACAGGGUCAACUAGUUUGUUAAAAAAAAACACUGUAAAACCUUUUUAUUUAAUGUAAGCAUUCUUUGAUUAAUAAAGUGCCUGUAUUUUAAUUUAUGCAUUUUUGAAUAACUUGUAUUUUUCAAUUUUUUCCAAUGCAGUAUUAUGCCAACUUGCAAAUAUUUUGCAGAACUAACUAAAUUAAGAACUAUCAGGACAUACUGAAUGGACGUAGAUAUUUUCAUGCAAUCGCUUGCCAUAUGAAUUUUGUAAAAUCUUUUACUAUUUUGUAUCUGAAAGUUGCAAAUUGCGGCUUGAAAUGAUACACUCUGACGGCAUCAUCUACGUGUAAAUAACUGUACCCGUUUUACAUUUCAGCGAUGUACACCUUGAAAAUGACUUUGAAAUCUCGUAUUUGUUCACCAGUAACCUUGUGUGGUCACUAUAUAGAGGCUCGUUUGCAAUUUUUUCCAGCUUGAUGCAUUCACAGUGCACUGUUUUUCCUUGUAAAUCUAUAAAAGUGCGGAGCGAGGAUUAAAAGUAGACAUUUUGUGGAGGCGGACAGUUUUGUUAACAGUAAUACAAUACUUUUUUCUUUGACCCACAUUUUAAAGCCUUUUCUUUUUUUGGAUGAGAAUCCAAGUGGAUUUAUUUUGCAGUUGUGAUUAGGUUUUAUUUCGGGGAGGAAGGAAAUCUCCCCUCUUCGUUGGGUCAUUAUGUUGGACUUAGUUUUUGUGCAUAAUGCUUGUGUGUGCUAAUGUACGAAGAUUGGAGGAAAAGCUAUAUGUGGGUGGAGCUGACGAAAAUAGAAAGGGUGGACUGCAGUACGAAGGAAGAGUUGGAUAGCUAGUGUAAUUAUGGAAUGUUUCUCGAAUGCUUUGAUUUUAAUAAGCUAUACCAAACGUUGAGCUUUCUCCUAAGUCAUUUUGUUUAUAAUUACGCAUAAAAUAGAAACUAACUCGUGUUGCCUUUUAACAGUGAGCAAUUUUUGUUCCGCACAAAUCAAAGAUAUGUUUUCAGGUGUGCUUUUCUGAUUUUCAGUACUACAUAAUUUGCAUGAGUCAUUCUAUACAG